AUGUCCGGACCAGAACCGAUUGCCAUUGUUGGCAUGGGAUGCCGCUUUCCAGGAGAAUCCGACUCCCCAAACGAGUUUUGGGAAUUUCUCAUGAAGAAGAAGUCGGCUCUUUCCAAGCCACCCAUAUCAAGGUUCAACAUUGAUGGGUUUCACUCUAAGAAGGCAAGAAUUGGAUCAUUGGGUCCUGCGGGAGGAUAUUUCAUUUCCGACACCGUAUUCGAUUUUGACCCAGCCUUCUUCGGUCUUACACGAGCCGAAGCCGCGGCAAUGGAUCCUCAGCAGAGGAAACUUCUGGAAUGUGUUUUUGAGGCAUUCGAGACGGGUGGAAUUACGCUGGAGCAAGUCUCUGGAUCUAAUACAGGCUGCUAUACCGGCGAGAUUGACGCUGCUGUUAUGGGAACUGACAAGAUGGGUGUCUUGUCGCCCACUUCUACCUGUCAUACUUUCAGCGCCGAUGCCGACGGAUACGGCCGCGCAGAGGGCAUUGGCGCGCUCUACUUGAAGAGGCUUUCUGAUGCUGUUCGCGAUGGGGAUCCCAUUAGGGCUGUGAUCAGAGGUACUGCGGCGAACGCCAAUGGCAAGACCAGUGGAAUUACUCAGCCGAGUGCCAAAGGCCAGGAGCUGGUGAUACGCGAAGCCUAUCGAUUUGCUGGAAACCUCGACUUUGCCGAUACAUCCUACUUCGAAUCUCACGGUACCGGUACCGCGGUCGGCGAUCCCAUUGAGACAUCGGCAAUUUCCAAAGUCUUCCUCCCGGAUAACACAGAUAGAGACUCGCUGCUAUUAGGUUCAGUCAAGACCAACAUCGGCCACGGCGAGGCCUCCAGUGCCAUGGCUAGUAUUAUCAAAGUUGUCAUGGCCCUAGAGAACAAGACAAUUCCUGCGACCAUUGGCAUCACUUCUUACAACCCAAAAAUUGAUUUCCGUGGUGGCAGGCUUCAGGUCGUCCGCGACAACAUCGCCUGGCCAGAGAAAUAUCCAAAUCGCCGAGCCAGUGUGAAUUCAUUCGGCUAUGGAGGAGCAAAUGCUCACAUUAUCAUUGAUGCCUGCGACUCGGUUCUCCCUGGAUAUCAGUCGUUUGUUAAGAAGAAUGCAAAGACGUCUUCCAAUCCUGGUGAUAGGGAUAUUAUUGGUUUCAACGGCAGCAGCGUGGAAUCGAUGCAGCGUGAAGAGUUCCUUAUUCCUUUUUCUGCCCACGACUUCCCCACCCUGAAGAAUUCUCUAGCGAACAUCAGAGAGGUGGUCGAGCAAUACGAUAUUGCAGACCUGGCCUACACCCUAAGCGAACGUCGCUCCCGCUUCUUCAACCGCGCUUAUGCCGUCGUCAGUCGAGAAGCCCCAGUCAAUGAUUUGGAAGAGUCGGAGAUUGUCUUUGGCAAGCGUGGUAAUGGAGCCAAGCUUGCCUUUAUUUUCACGGGUCAAGGGGCUCAGACUCCGCAGAUGGGCAAGGAACUCAUGCUCCAGUUUCCUUCCUACAUCUCCACAAUCCGCACCCUGGAUGCGGUACUCGCCAGCCUGGGCGAAGAUAGCCCUUCAUGGACAAUUGAGGGAGCUCUUAUGGCACCUGCGUCGACCAGUCAGAUCCAUAAUGUAGAGCUUUCCCAACCCCUGUGCACUGCCGUUCAGAUUGCCUUGGUCGACCUCCUCCUCUCUUGGAAUAUAGUUCCCCAGGCCUGUGUAGGUCACUCCUCUGGCGAGAUUGGCUCUGCAUAUGCUUCUGGACUCUUGACAGCAGAGGAGGCAAUCAUCUUUGCCUACUAUCGUGGUUGGGCUGUCGGCAAGUUGGAGUCACAAGGCGCCAUGCUAGCUGUUGGAGCUGGGCCUGAGGAAGUUCAGCCAUUCCUUGUACCCGGUGUUCUCAUUGCUUGCUACAACUCGCCUGGUAGUGUAACGCUGAGCGGAGAUGCUGGGCCCAUUGCCAGCGUCAAGGCCGCACUGGAUGAGGCCAAGAUUUUUGUGCGUGAAGUGAAGACUGGCGGUCGGGCUUACCACUCGCACCACAUGAAGCAGGUCGGAAAUUCUUACGAAGAGCGUGCUCACCAAGCCAUUCUUCGUCUAUCACAAUCCAAAAAUCCUGAACAAAGGCGACGCGCGGCAUUCAUCUCUUCGGUAACAGGAAAACUCAAGGACGCCUCCUUCAGACCCGACGCAUCUUACUGGAGAGAUAAUCUAGAGUCCCCAGUCAAAUUCACCACGGCUGUAAACACGAUGCUAUCCAUGGAAGACCUUGCCAUAAACAUGACUGUUGAGAUUGGACCCCAUUCGGCUUUGGCUGGACCUUUGCGUCAGAUUCGUGAUGAACUAGGACGUUCCUCCAAAGAUCUUGACUACUCUGCGACUUUGGUUCGUGGCGAGAGCUCAGUCACUCGACUUCUUACUCUUGCGGGUGCUCUGUUUAUCAAAGGCUACCCCGUUGACCUCGGUCGGGUGAAUGCGAUUGAAGAGCGACGCGGUGACAACAUCAAGAUCAAGUAUGGCAGGCCAAUCGUCGACUUACCCAGAUACCCUUGGAACUACUCGGAUACGCGAAAUAUGCGUCUGGAGAAUCGUCCAAACAAUGAGGUCCGACACAGAGUUUUCCCGCAUCACGAUCUUCUUGGCAGCAUUCUCCCAGGUGCCAUGGACAGCCAAAGGCAAUGGCGCAAUCUCUUAGACAUCAAGAAUUUCCCCUGGCUGGAAGAUCACAAGCUUGGCUCUCAACCCGUUCUGCCAGCUACGGGAUACUUGGCUAUAGCUCUCGAAGCUGUGCGGGAGUACUAUCACGGCAGGGCGCCAAUGAAGGGGCCUUUUCGCUAUUUCUUCCCCCACAUUACGAUCAAAUCUGCCUUAAAUCUCCCACCCGCGGGCACACCAGUCGAAAUUCUCACUAGCGUACAUUUCAAGAAGAUCUCUGACUCUAUUUCAUCCAAGAAUCAGGCCAGCUUCACUAUCGCGUCCUACAACCAAGGAAUCUGGACCGAACACUGUGUCGGAACCGCACAACGGGAGGCUGUAGUCGAUAUCGAGCCGAUAUUCAAUGAGAAGGACUUGGAAGAGCCGAAGACUUCUCACACGUGGUACAAUGGUUUCAAAAAGAUCUCCUUGAAUUACGGUCCUGCAUUUGCCGGGCUCACCAACAUUAAGACAGACCCCUCUUUACCACAGUGCGUUGCUAACACUCCCAUGCUGGCUGAGGGUGUUGAUCCCCUGGAUUCGCCCUAUAUUAUACACCCUACAACAAUGGACACCUGUGUUCAGGCAAUAUUGAUUGCCGCUCAUAAGGGAUCUUUGAGGAACCUGAAUAGGUCAUUCGUCCCUGUAAGCAUGGAAGACGUGUCCAUCUGGUCGAUGAAUGGCGAAGAUAUUCCAGCUCUCGCUGCUGCAUCUGGCAAGAUCCUUGCGCAAGGCAAUUUGAGUAGUCUUCGAGCCCUGGAGGGAUCGUGCCAGCUUACCGUGGAUGGAAAGCCUGUCUUCGAGGCCAAGAAGAUCAACAAUAUUGUAUACGCGGAGGAUCUAAACGCUGAAAUCAAGGAGGAUCGCCACCCGUACCUUCGGUGCCUAUGGAAGCCUGACAUUGAGAAGACCUCUGGAGAUGAACUUUCCGCUUUCUUUGAAGCACAGAUGCGAUACGACUCGUCACACUUCAACUCCCUCAUUGACAUUCUGGUCCACAAAUAUCCGUCGAUGGAUAUUCUUCUAUCCGGCAUCAAGAACCUUGAGUUUUUGUAUUCUGUUUUGGAAGCCGGUACAUCUAUGAGACGAUUCAAGUCGAUUUUUGCGCUGGUUGGGUCGGAAGAGGAGUUGCCAUUCUUUCAGGCUGCAGCGUCUACUAAAGCUGUGGUGAGCGAGUUCCCUAUGGAUGGCCCCACUCUUGAAAAUACCCAAUUCGAUCUUGUCGUCCUGGAAACCAAGGGUAAUGCCUCUGAGGUACUUUCUAAGACUGCAUCCAUGUUGCAAGCUGGGGGGCGCGUUCUCUUACACGGAGAUGCUAUGUUGAAGUCUGAAUGGUCCGCUGCGCUCUAUUCUCAGGGGCUGAAUAUCUUUGUGUCUUUUGAAAAAGAUAAUUCAUGGGUAGCUCUUACCCAGCCUCUUGGGCUACAACAUACGAGUCACGUUGACAGUCUUAUACUCGUCACUCGCACACCCGGUGUGGCGAUUGGCAAGACUGUUACUAAAGAACUCGCCAAAUGCGGCUACAAUGUCAAAUCGGCUUCUCUCAGAGAGGCUGACCUUGGCGAUAAUCAAAUCGUUGUUGUUGUUGCUGAGGCUGAAGGUAGCUUGUUCAACCAGUCCAUGACUGACGCAGAGCUGAAGAGCCUGCAGCGCAUUGCCGAGCAUGCGAAGACUAUUGUAUGGGUUACUCAUGGCGACUUGCUGGUCGGCACCGAUCCUAAUGCCGCCAUCGUUAUGGGACUUGGAAGAUGCCUGCAGUCAGAGUAUCCAACUCUGGACUUUGUCUUCUUGGACGUUGAUCAUACAAUGCCGCUUCCUCUUGCCGGUCAAAUUCAGACGGUUCUCAAAUCCCUUGAUAACAGCAACGCAAUUGAGCGCGAAUACCUUGUUAAGAACGGCGUCUUCUACAUCAGCCGUCUGUCCAACGACCGCGCUCAUGACGAGAACUUCUCUGCUCUGUUGAACAGGAAGGCUGUCAAACAUCAGUAUACUGCCGGCGAGAAGCUUUGUCUGAAGAUUGAACGACCAGGUCUUCUCGAUUCUCUUCAUUUCCAGUCAGUGCUGCGGGAUAGUGCCAUCGAACCUGACGCUGCCGAAGUGGAGGUCAUGGCUAUCGGUCUCAACAUGAAAGAAGUCGCAACUUUUCGUGGAAGCUUCAAUGCCUUGUCGUUCAGUCACGAAGGCUCUGGCGUUGUCCGCCGUAUAGGCUCCAAUGUGACGAACGUCAAGGUUGGCGAUCGAGUCUGCUGGAUGGCAAAGGGCCUGUUCCAGAACUUUGAGACAUUCCAGGCUAGAUUUUUACACAAGAUUUCUGACAAUGACCGCUUUGAAGAAAUUGCUACUAUGCCUCUUGCAUUCUCCACUGCCGUCUAUGGUCUUCUUCAUCUCGGUCGUCUGAGGAAGGGCGAGUCUGUACUUAUCCACUCUGGGACUGGUGGUGUCGGUCUUGCCGCCAUUCAAAUUGCACAGAUGGUUGGUGCCAGAAUCUUUGUAACCGUCGGUACCGAAGAGAAGAGGACGUUUCUCCAAGAUAACUUUGGCCUCAAGUCAAGCCAAAUUUUCAACUCACGCGACACUUCAUUUGCCGAUGGUAUUAUGAAGGCGACGAAUGGGCGUGGUGUUGAGGUUGCUUUGAAUUCCCUCGUCCGUGAGCAGCUUCAUGCCACCUGGUCUUGCAUGGCGACACAAGGUCGCCACAUCGAAAUCGGUCUGACCGAUAUCCUCGACUAUGGUGAUCUCGACAUGAAUAUCUUUAAGCGCUGUGCUAGUUUCUCCGCCUUCGACUUUGGUGUUGUUGCUGACGAGAGGCCUGAUGUUGCCGUCGAAGUGAUGAAGGAGGUCAUGGGCUAUCUCCGUGAUGGCAAGAUCAAGCCGCUCACUCCAGCUUCAGUAUAUCCAGCAUCACAGGUCACCAAGGCAUUUUCCCAAUUCAAUAAUUCCAAGCGCAUAGGCAAGGUUGUGGUCAAAUUUGAAGAGAACGAUGAGCCUGAGGUCCUUUCUAUUCCCCAGACUGUUUCCUACCGUGGAGACGUUUCUUAUCUUCUGGUCGGUUGUUUGGGUGGCCUUGGACGUUGUCUGGCCAGGGAUAUGGUCCAGAAGGGUGCUCGCCAUUUGAUUUUCCUUGGACGAUCGGGUAGCGAAAAGCCCGAAGCUGCCUCUAUGGUGAAUCGGCUGCGCCGUGAAGGUGUUGACGUCGAGGUCAUCAAGGGAGAUGUGAGCAUAAAGGAAGAUGUCAUCCGUGCAGUGCGGGCAGCCAAGGUGCCGAUUGCCGGUGUUGUUCAAGGUGUCAUGGCUCUUGAUGACCGUCUAUUUGCCAGCUACGAUAUCAACAGCUGGAAUGUUGCCAUCGACCCUAAAGUUGCUGGUACUUGGCACCUACACAAUGUCCUUCUCGACCAGCCUCUGGACUUCUUCAUCAUGGUCAGCUCUAUCUCUGCCAUGACUGGUGCUCCAACACAGGGUAACUACUGUGCGGCAAACACAUUCCUGGACUUUUUUGCUCGUUUCCGACGUCGUCAAGGCCUUCCCGCCACUACUAUCGCGCUUAGCAUGGUCUUGGAAGUUGGUUUCGUCAGCCAGAGUCUGACCAUUGAGCAAGGUAUUGCUCGCUCAGGCAUUCACGGUAUUGACGAGAAAGACUUUUUGCGCCUGAUAGAAGCAGGCAUGGGUCCUCAACCAGCGUCCAAAUGGCUGUUUGACCAAGAUGCCACGUGCUUCCUUGUCUCUGGGCUUGAGCCCUGCAAGCUUUCCGCCGACAUUGACAUCAACGACUUUCGCUUCUGGCAGCAGCCUCGCGUUGGCCCCCUUCUCAAUGCAAUUAUGAAUGCUGGCCAGGGCGGCGCUAGGACUACAAACACAAAACAGAUUGCUGAUCUACCAGGCGUUUUGGAGCAGGUUAUUGGCAAAUUCGCAAAGACCUUCAAUCUCGAUGUCGACGAUAUCGAUCCAUUGAAGCCGCUUUCGAGCUAUGGUAUGGACAGUAUGAUUGGCACUGAUCUCCGGAAUUGGUGCUACAAGCAGUUGGGAGCCGAUAUUCCUACUUCGGAUUUCAUGGGGCAUGCCAUGACGGCCCAAUCACUUGCCGAGAAGGCGUUUUCUCUUGUUUCUACGUAG